CCUUCCUUCUGACUGCAGCUGGUAAUCCAGCUGUCCUUAGUGAACCAUCGCUGGGAAGCAGCCUCCUCCGAGGGGGCGUUGCUGCCGGAGCUGGGAUGAGGAGGGACCCAUCGUUGGGAGCAGGGAUCGAGAGGGAAGAGGUUUCCUGCACGGGAAUCACGAUCUUGACGCAGUGAGGCUUCUCGGAGGCUGACCAGUUGACAUGGAUUUCGGAGGUUUGGAAACAGUUGUGGCCAAUUCUGCUUACGUGGCGGCCCGGGGCAGCAAUGACAGCGCCUCGGCCUUUGCCACGAGGGACAAGAAGAUGCGGGCCCGUCUGAAGCUGCCGCCUGUGGCGCAGUGCGAGCACCUGAGGGAGGAGAUCGACCUGAGCUUCAGGAGCAUCUGCUGCCAACAGCCAAUCGGGAAGAAGCUCUUCCAGGAGCAGCUGACGAACACGGAGCAAUUCAAGAUGGCCGCUGGCCUGUGGCAGGACAUGGAGGCCUACACCACCUCGGAGGAGGCCCAGCGCGCCCCCCUCGCCCAGACCAUCGUCAACAAGUACUACGACUCCGACUCGCAAGACUUCUGCUCCUUCCUGGGCGAGAAGGCCAUCAUCCGGGUCAAGGAGGACCACAGGAACGGGCACAGCCAGCUCUUCCGCGAGUCGGAGCAGCAGCUGCUGACCUACCUGGAGUCCCACGCCCUGGACGGCUACAAGGCCAGCGACCUCUUCCUCAGGUUCCUGCAGUUCAAGUGGCUGGAGGCCCAGGCCGUGGGGGAGGAGUGGUUCACGGACUUCAGGGUCCUGGGCAAGGGGGGCUUCGGGGAGGUGUGCGCCUGCCAGAUGAAAGCCACGGGCAAGAUGUACGCCAACAAGAAACUGAACAAGAAAAGGCUGAAGAAACGGAAGGGGCACGAGGCUGCGAUCGUUGAGAAGCGGAUUCUUGCCAAGGUUCACAGUCGUUUCAUUGUAACCCUGGCCUAUGCCUUUCAGACCAAACAUGAGUUGUGUCUGGUUAUGACCUUAAUGAAUGGAGGAGACCUCAGGUAA